AUGUUGUUUACCGCGCAGCGUUUUGAUGGCGGGCACAGCGGCGCAGAGUAUCUGAUCCCGGGUACGGCGGCGCCGGACGGCAGCUGCCGCUUCUCCUACUCCUCCACGGCGGGGAAACGAGGUGACUUCAAUUCGCCUCGACACCCGGCCAACUACCCGUCGUCCACCGCCUGCGAGUACACCUUCGAGACGGCGCGCAACGAGCAGGUGCGACUCGUGUUCGACGGCUUCAAGGUGCGCGCCGAUAACACCAACGGAUCGGCCUACGGGCUGCACAACUGUCACGAGGACUGGCUGGAGAUCUACAACCUGUACCACGACAACAGCACGGACCUGAUCGGCCGCUACUGCGCCCAGUCCACCCCCGGGCCCACCGAGUCGGUGCGGGGCGCUCGCGGCCUGCUCGUGGUGCUCCACACCGACUCGGACCACGUCUCCAGUGGCUUCAAGGCGCACUACAUCUACCUCGACGCCAAGGACAUCUUCGGAGACUGUGGUCGGAACAUCAGUGGCACCCAAGAUGGCGUCAUCACGUCACCGGACUUUCCCAACACCUACCCGGCCAAGAAGAGCAAGGUGUGCCACUGGUACAUACACGUUAAGCCUAGCCGCAAGAUCCUGCUCUUCUUCGACACGUUCGUGGUGGAGGGCGACAGGUUAUCGCGUGGUUGCCCGGCGGCUGUGGUGCGAGUCUGGCAGGACCUGAAGAGCUCUCCGAUCGAGCUCUGCGGAGACAGCCUGCCCGAGGAGGUCAAGCAGAUCGUCUCCACCGGCCGCGUCAUGAAGAUUUCGUUCAUCUCUGCGGAGAAGUCCGUGGGCAACCAGGGCUUCCGCGCCUACUGGACCGAGGUGCAGGACGGAGAGGAGUGCGAUGGCUUCCACUGCGAGAGGAGCGGCUUCUGCAUAGCGGACCAGCUGCGGUGCAACUCGCGCUACAACUGCGGCGUCAGCGACAACACGGACGAGACCGACUGCCCCACGGCGGCGGAGGUGGAUGUGUUCAUGCUGCUGGGGGUGGUGCUAGCCCUCGUGGCCGUGGCCGGACUGGUGCUCUGCCUCUGGUGCCGGCGGCGCGGCCAGAACAACCGCCACGUCCGCCACCCCACGUCGCCCUCGCACCGGCACGUGCACGUGUGCGACCACCUGGGGUCACGGCUCUCCACCAUGGACACCGUAUGAGGCACGUGGCGGUUCGGCGGCAGCGGACAGUCCAGCAACGCAUCGUCAGUGGGCACGCUGUAGGCCCGCGGGCUGGCCGGGAAGACUUAGCACCUCGGGUCGCCCCGGGGUCAGCUGGGGUCAGUCGGGGUCAGCCGGAGUCGGUUCGGUCAGCCGGUGUGUGCUCAGAUCAGCUGGGGUCACCACGGGUCAGUUGGGGUCAGCUGGCAGGACUCUCCGAGACGCCUGUGCUGUUUGAGUCCCUCGGGUCUCUUGUGGCGCUCCGAUACGUCACAGCGGUCUCGAGAGACAGACGCUGGCGAAGACGCGCCGGAAGAGCUCCGCGGGGACACAACUGACCACCACCGCCGUGCCGGCCGGCGCCCGGCGAGCCCAGCCCGCGCAGUGCGAGGAGCGACCCGGACCUCAGCGAGCGCUGGGCU